CUCGUAUCAGAUUCAAGUCAAAUAUAUUAUUCUUUAUGGUAAUCAGAGCCCUAUCUCUUACGAGCUUCUUCCAUUAAUUUUUUUUUCCGUUGUUAUCCUCAUCAUCCUCACGAUGAUGAACAUCACUGAAUCCACUCCGGUUGUAUCCAUCACCGCUACUACACAUUUUCCGAUCAAGCUUACGGCAUCCAAUUUUCCGGUGUGGAAAUGUCAGGUUCUUAAUGCUUUGGUCGGUCUUGGCCUUGACUUCUACGUCGAUGGCUCUCUGUCCCCGCCGUCUCAAUUCACUGAUCCGGCUAAAACACAGAAAAAUCCAUGUUACACGAUAUGGUACCGGCAAGACAAAACGAUCAUCAGCGCCCUUCUCGGAAGUUGCUCCGAAACUAUCCAGCCGCUCCUUUCGUCCGCUACAACUGCCACUCAAGCAUGGGAAAAGCUCUCGCUCACCUAUGCUAGCACAUCCCGUGGGCGUAUAAUAUCCCUCAAAACCACGCUUGCCCGUGCUGCCCGUGGCACCCGCUCCAUAACAGAAUAUCUAGUCGAGAUGUAUGCCCUGUCUGAGGCAUUGGCUCUCGCUCAACAUCCGUUGCCGGAGGAAGACUUGGUCAUUAAUAUUCUUAAUGGUCUUGGUCCUGAAUACAGCGAACUCACUUCUGCAAUUAGGGUACGUGAAACUGCCAUUCCUAUUACUCAGUUGCAGGAUAUCCUCCUUGAACAUGAGGUCAAACUUCGUGAGCAAGUCACUGCCACAUCUGCUCUUGUGCCUACGGCACAUGUCACCCAUGUUGCUGAGCGUUCUUCCAGUGAGCGUCGUAAUUCCUAUGGUGAUCGUAGAUCUCAUGCUGCUCGUCGUGGACGAGGUGGCUCAUAUGGUGCAUCGCGGCCACCCACUAAUUCUAUUAUAUGUAAGUUUUGUGAUAAUUCUGGACAUGACGUAAAAAGUUGCCGCAAAUUGCAACGUUUUUUACGUGACAAUCAUGUUCAGUAUGCAGCCUCUCCUACCGUGAAUCACACUGCCACCACGUCACCCUCACCUGGACAACCGUGGCUAUUUGACAGUGGUGCUUCUCACCAUGUUGCUUCUGAUGUUUCUCUCUUGUCAUCUUAUACAGACUAUGGCGGUCCUGACGAGGUUCAUCUUGGUGAUGGAUCGAGUCACGGGGGCGCCACUAAUGCGAGGGGAGAACAUUAAUGACGUCUACUAUGUUCCUUCCAGAAUUGAGUCCGUCUCAUCUUAUCGGCCGCACAUACAUGUCACCCAGAGAUUUGCACCUCCUGAUUGGCAUCAUGUUUUCGGCCAUCCGUCAAGUCGUAUUUUUAGUCUUUUAAUUAAUCAGAAUAAACAGUUGUCAUCAUGUCAUUUGUCUCGAGAAUUUCAUUGUCAGUCGUGUUCUAUUAAUAAAAGUACAAAGUUGCCAUUCUUUACGAAUACUAUGAAUGCUACUAGACCUCUUGAAUUAUUAUAUUCUGAUGUGUGGAGUACUACAAACAAGUCUCUUGAUGGUCACGGCUAUUAUGUAAUUUUUGUUGAUUAUUUUACCC